UGGCCUUCAAGUCAUUCAACACCAACAAAAACAAAGAAAACACAAAUACAAACUCUUAACCAAAAGCUCUAUGGCAACUAUAACUUCCACACAAUUCAUUCAAGAAAACCUCCACUACUCAAGAAGACUACUCCUGAUACCAGCUGCUACAGUACAACAAUACCACCCGGACACCACCAUGGCGCCGCCACCGGCAGCCGGAAUCAGCCACGGCCUAAUUAAUUUACCACUUGGUCACAGCGUCAACACAUUUGAGGCAAAUGUUAUUACGGUUUUGGCAGUACUUGUAUGUGCCGUGGUUGGUUCGCUUGUGUUGAAUUUCAUCAUAAAAUGUAUAUUCAGUUGCUCUACCUUAGUGUUGGUGGAAUCAUCCUCAAACCAUACAAAUAACAACCCCUCUUCAGCAAAAUUAGCCAAUAAAGGGAUCAAGAAAAAAGCCCUCAAGACAUUCCCAGUUAUAACAUACACUACUGAGUUGAAACAUCCAGGGCUUGACUCUGAGUGUGUCAUUUGCUUAUCAGAAUUCGGAGUUGGAGAGAAAGUUAAGGUUCUACCAAAGUGCAAUCAUGGCUUCCAUGUCAAGUGUAUCGACAAAUGGCUCAAUUCACACUCUUCUUGCCCUACUUGUAGGCACUGCCUUAUCGAAACUUGUCAAAAAAUUGUUAACGGUGACACAUCCGUUACUACAGCUGCAAUUUCACCAACAGCAGUACAAGAAACCGUGAUAAGUAUUGAACCUCUCCAACGUGAAGAUGUUAUAUCUAAUGGUCAGCAAUAACUAGGAAAAAAAAUAGUAGUAUCUCGGCUAUAGUUGAUAGGUAUAUGUCACACACACUCAAUUAGAAGCUUAGAUGUUUAGUUUAUAGUUUAAUAUUUUCUUGUUGGAAAAGUUUUUGCAAGCUGUCAUGAGGCCAAGGCACCAGUUUAGUUUUCCAAUGAUUCAUUACUCUUGCAAGUGUAUAUAAAAAUUAAUUUUACUUC